AUGACUUCCAGUAACGUUCCUUUAAGUCUUGAUCAAAUCUACGCAUCCGAUGUUGGACUUUUUCUCUGUUGUCUGCUGAAUAUUGCGUGUAGAGUGAAGGUAUUCAUAUCCACAGCUACCGCAGAGAACAUGACGGUUAGUUCCCCAGUGAGUGAAAUGGAUGAAAUGUUCAUUGGUUCACCUUCUUUAGUUAAUCCUAAUACUAUGAAUACUAUGAAUACUACUACUACGAAUACAGCUACGAAUACGGUUACUGGAGGAGGUAGUAUUAUUAAUAAUAGUAAUAAUAAUAAUAUUGGUAGUAGUAGUGGUAGUAAUACUGUUAUUGUGAAUUCAGGAAUAGACACUACACUACAGAAGAAUAGUGUCUUGCGAAGGCCAUCUACUUGUAAUCUUGAUAUAAAUAUUCCUGUUAAUAGUAUACAUGUAUCUACGCUGGAUGGGACUGCGGCUCCUUCUUCUUCCUCUUCUCCGCUUCCUCCUCCUCCUCCCUCUCAGGUUAAUAAUAAUAUUAAUAAUAAUAAUAUUAAUAAUAAUAAUAAUAAUAAUAAUAAUAAUAAUAUUAAUAAUACGAGUGGAGUUGAUGCAGAUGAAUCCAAUCAGCGUUAUGGUGAAGAAGAAGUGGAUAGUGAGUUUUUAUAUGAAAAUGAUCCACUUAUACGUUUAUUAGCUUUACCAUUAACACUACGUAUAAUGGUGGCUGUGAAUUGGCUUUCCGUUAUUUCGAAUUGUCUCACUUAUUUUCUCCGACCCUCACAAGUCCUUUACGCUUUUCUUAUUUGUAGUUGUGAUAUGAUGCUUUAUGUUGUGGGAGAUCAAAUCUCAACUAGACGCCAUCAUAAUAAACGGAGUAUGUUAACAUCACCAAGUGUAAAUACAACAACUUCGUUAGAAUCUGAAUGUUGUUUACCACGAACAAUGGAAGAAGUUGUUGUCUCUACACAAACAGGAAUGCGAACCACUAUUAAUAAUACUAAUAUUAAUAAUAUUAAUACUGAUAUUAUGUAUGGACAAAGGUAUAAUGAGGAAAGUCAUCAUAAUAUAUUCAGCAUGAAUACAGAAACAACACGUCUUUCUCAUGAGGGAAGAGAAGGAUUACGGCGAGAAUCCAGAGUAAGAGAAAAUGAUUGGAGAUCUUUAGAAGGAACACGUCAUCUCAUGUCUACUGCUGCUGCUGCUGCUGCUGUUGGUAAUAAUAAUAAUAAUAAUAAUAAUAAUAAUAAUAAUAAUAAUAAUAAUAAUAAUAACAAUAAUGAUGAUGUUGGAACGGAACGGACAAGUGUGAGACUUUGGCGACAGGCACGUGCGGCCACUCAAGGCGGUGUUUUUCUUGUGAUAUUAAAUUUAUUACUUGUCUUUGCCCUUUUUAUUUUUCAUGUAAAUCAUUUAAUGUUUGGGACCGGCACUUUUACAGGAUAUUUGGCCAGUUGUGGAACCUUAUAUAUACUUGGAUGUGAUUUGGGAGUCUUAUCUCUCUUAUUUGAAUGGUAUCGGGCCCGGAAAGGUUUAACUUCCACUUCUACAACUGCAGCUUCAUCUACACUAUUGGCAAGUGAGAUGAUGAUGAUAAUAGAUACAAGUGGAUUAGAUACAAGUUCUCUUCCACCAUCGUAUGUUCUUUUAAAUCGUCGUUUGGGAAUUUAUUAUAUUAUGCAACAUAUCUUUUCAUUUGCGUGUUCGGCUCUUUACUUCUCUAUGCUCUUGGAAGAGGGAGAACCACUUUAUAGUACACAUGUGGAGUUUAUGCGGUGGUAUAUGAAUACGGUUGGACAGGGAUUAUUGGAUAUUGUGCGAUUGCUUGUUUUUUGGAAUUUAUUGCUGUUGAGUAGAGGCCGUGAGGGAAAACGGUUACAUCAUCAACUCUACGGAAUAGGGAAACUACACCGAUGGGAAUAG